CUGAUGUACAGGAGCUGAUGGAGCAGCUGGAGCUGAAAGCCAAAGAACUCAAAACUCAGGAAGCGAGAUUACAGGCUCAGGCGGCUGAUUUGAAGAAGAGGAGGCAACAGUUGGGCGAGGAAGAAGAUGAAGUAGAGAGAGGUUUAGAGGUUCUUCCCCGUCUCCAUAAAGAGAGGGAUCGCCUGCGUGCCGAGCUGGAGAGACUGAGAGAGGAGAGAGACCGAGCGCGGGAGGAGCUGGAGAGAGAGAGGGAGGAGAGGAAGAGAGCGAAGAGUGAGCUGGAAAGGGAAAAGGAGGAGAGGAAGAGAGCGAGGGAUGAGCUGGAGACAGAGAAGGAGGAGAGGAAGAGAGAGAGAGAGGAGAAUGCAAAGAUGAGAGAGGAGAGAGAGAGACUGCAGACCAAAGUAUCUCUGCUGCAGGACAGGUGUGACCGCCUCAGCCGGAGAGUCAGGUAAUACACACACACACACACACACACAC